AUGCCUCCUGAUCCUGAACUCACGAUGGACUCGAAGCGCAAAGAAACGCUACAUGAAUUUCUUGGAGUGCUGAAAGAGCUUGUCGCUCGAGACUCUGCGGCAGCUGAGGGGAAACCACAACAGAGCAUGAACAGCGAGAAACAAUAUCCGGCUAGCCCGGAAGAAAAGCUCAUUUUGGAAGGUAUCGAGGCGUUCAAGGAUUUUGAGAAGCGCGUUGAACGAUUGGAUAAAGAGCUACGCAAUUUUGAUAACGGCGCCCGUCAAUUGGGCAGCUCGGCUGCAUUGCUACUGGCUGCAUCCAGACUUCGUGAACGGCUCGUCCGACUGUUGUUCAUCUUCCGCGACAACACGGCCAAUCUAUUUCCUCGGAGGAUCGCACGCCAGUCCAGAGACACGCUCGUGAAUCCAAAUAUCAUGGAUCGACGGGGCAAGAUCCACCACGAACAUCUCAAAUUUCAGACGUUCACGGCAGAGGACGGGAUCGCAACUGAAGCGAUCCCCCAGGAGUUCGAAGGCUUUGCACAAGAUCUCCGGAUGUUAUUGCAUAGUCUGAACGACUUUCCAGAGUUCAGGGAUGAUGCGGUGAAUACUUCAAUCCACGCCUUCGUCGCAGAACUAGAAUAUCGGGCUUCCUGUUUGACGGAGUAUAAAGGUCAUUUUCGGCUUGCUUCUGUGCAACAAUACGUCCACGGACUUACCGCGGAAAUCGGAAAUCAUAUUGACGUUGUAGCAUCGAAUUUGUCGAUGUUCAUAGAUGUCGGUGUCCCAACUAUUCAGCUUUCACAACAAUAUGCGACCGCCAAUCUUUCUAAUCUGGCAAUGUUCGGUACCAUAUUUUCGGUUGUCACCGCAACACUUUUGCAACUUUCAUACAGUAGAACCGACACUGGGCUGGCAAAAACUGUAAACGCAUUUUGGUUUUCGUCGCUAGUUUCUAGCGUUGCAGCCAUAGCGACCAGUUUACUUGGUUUGGCGUGGACGCAGGCCAUACACCGCUCGCCAAAUCACAGAGUACCCUGGUGGGUGUUGACGUGGAUCAGGCGAUCACCUCUCGUGUUACUUGUGAAUGCAAUCACGUGUUUUUUUGUGGGACUCAUGUUGGUCACAUAUACGAUAAGUGACAAUAUGGUCACGCCCAUCCUGAUCACUAUAUUCGCAAGCAUUACGUGCAUCGGACUGGCUUCCUCCUUGUGCUGGAUCAUCUCAGAACGAUUCGUGUUUAUCCACCAUCGAGGUCACAUAUGGCUAGAGGACCUUAUGUUGGAUACAAUCAAACAUCUCACUGCGCCGAUACAAUCGAUCGCUCACCGUCUUUACUCAAGUUUCCGUUCGUAUGGUCGGCGACUCUCUCCCGCCAAAUCACUUGAAAGAACGACAGAUGAUGAAAAUGUCCAGUGCACAGCCCCGACUUUAUGUGGCGUUUCUACAGUAUCUCCCUCGACUCAGGAAGAUGUAGUAUCAAUUGUCUCGGAAGCAACGCCGGACGAACAAGACGAAGCUAGACGAUCUCGUGCUCGGGAACGCUUCAAGAAAGCUGUUCGGACUGUUAUAUCGAUGCAGUCAUAUCCGAGAACAUUUGGUGCUCAAUCUCUCGAUUGGAUGCUACAUCAAAACCCUGCUUCUCGCACCCCUUCGAUAGGACGCAUUGCAUCUAAACGUGGCGUUCUUUCUGUUAUCUCCCAAAGGUUGCGGGAGUUGGAAUGCACCGAAGACAUUUCGCCUCAUCAAGCGCUCGUGAGAGACUUGCAGUUUUCUCCGGAUGGAAAGUAUCUCGCUACGGCAAGCUGGGAUAAGACGGCGUGUAUAUUCAAGGUCGCUGAACCGUCCACUGAUCAUCAUGUUCUUUACCAUGAGAGAGGCUUUACGGAACAAAUACUUUGGUCUGCGUGUGGUACCCACGUGUUGACCAGGUCUCCCCGCGGCAUCAAGAUAUGGACAAGAGAUGGUGUUUGCUUAAAAACAUUCCGUCGGCCACACAUCGUCCAGUUUUUACAGUGGAUGCCUCUUGAAGAUCUGUCUGUUCUGUCUGUCGAGGGGAAUGAAAUCGCGAAACUAGACAAAGAUGGAGAGGUCCUUGAAACUUAUAGCUUCGGGCGUGUUCAACUUCGACGGAUCGUCGUUACAUCGGAUGGCGAUCGUAUAAUAGGCAUUGGUCCUAUAGGGGAGGCGCCUAACGGACUCCAUCCCAGUCGUCCUACGAGAGUGGAAAAACGCAUUGUAGUGUACAAUACACGUACACGUCUCUGUGAAAGUCAAAUACCCCUUUUUCAGGAUGUAAAUGACGUCAAAUUGGCAAGAAACAACACCCACCUCCUCUUUUCGUUCGGGGAUCAGUCCCCUCCUCAGCUCUGGAAAAUGGAUCUGGUCGGGGGCCGGGGUCGGGCUCCCCGUAAUUGUGCGAGACUCACAUUCCGCCAUGUAUUUUCGUCCACAGUCACCGUUGAAUAUAUUGGAUCAACGUUUGGCGGCAAGAACGACCAGUUCAUACUUUGCGCCGGAAAAUCCGGCGAUAUCCUCAUAUGGGAUCGAGAAUCUGCCAGCCUUCUUCAUCAUAUCUACCCUAUGAACCCUGACCAGGAUUUGACUUGUAUAUCAUGCAAUCGCCUCACAGGUGACCCUUUCGCAUUUGCUGUAGGCGGGCACGACGGCAGUAUUCGUAUAUGGACAACAUUCUUAUGUCUCUCUCCUAUGACUCCAUCCCAUGAUGCACAAGAUAUGACACCCCCUGAAUCGCUAUCCAGUUACUCUCCUAGAGGAUGGCCUGCAGCAGACAAGAUCCCUGCGGAUAACUUUCUGAAGGUCGUUACGCCAGCUCGGCGGUUGCGGUCUCCGAGUGUGUCGUCGACGGCUUUCCUGUCGAGGUCGAGUUCGGAAUCUGCUUACGGGACACUGGUAGGGAGUACGAGUCGGAAAUCGGAUACUUAAUUAUACCUUAGAUGCCUAUGUUUACUAGACGGCAAGAUUGUCAUGCCAUUUCUCCAAUAUCAUAUGAAACAAAACAAAAA